GGGUGGCGGUAAGACACAUGCGUGUGUUUGCCAACCACCAUUAAACCUCAGAGGAAGAAGUUCAGUUUCAGCAUGAUCUCUGGUGUUGUGUUGUGAUACUGGUUUAAUAUAAACUGUUAUUAGUGUACUGUUAGAUACAUUUUGAAUCAGGUCAAUAAAUCAUCCUCAUAGACGGUAGUAAGGUUUGAAGCAAGCAGGAAUAUCUGGAGGAGUAUCAACUGAACUGAGAUCUGCUGCUGUGAAGAUGGUGUUUGUUAAAGAGGAGAGUGAGGAGGACAUGAGUGAACCAGAACCCUGGAGAAUAAAACACGAGGAACAAGGAGGCCUGAUGAAAGUGAAAGAGGAAAGAGAAGAUCUGAAUGAAGUGGAGGAGAAAUAUCAGCUUCAGAAAGCUCAUGAUGACACCGCUGAAGAAAAAUCAUUGAGUUGCUCCAAAACUGAAAACAGUUGCUCACAAAGCAGCAUUCAAAUAACAAAAGUCAAAAAGCUAUUCACCUGCUCUCAGUGUGGAAAGAGUUUUACACAGAAAGGACACCUCAAUGAUCAUUUGGUAACUCACACUUCAGAAAAGCCUUUCACCUGCUCUCAGUGUGGAAACACUUUUAAACAUAAAAGAAGCCUUAAAACUCACAUGAUAAUUCACACAGGAAAAAAGCCUUAUACCUGCUCCCACUGUGGAAAGAGUUUUACACAGAAAGCUCACCUUAAUGAUCAUUUGUUAAUUCACACUUCAGAAAAGCCUUUCGCCUGCCCUCAGUGUGGAAACACUUUCAAACUUAAAAGAAGCCUUAAGGCUCACAUAUUGAUGCAUGUUGCAAAAAAGUCUUUGACCUGCUCUCAGUGUGGAAAGAGUUUUGCACAGAAAGGAAACCUUAAGACUCACAUAUUGAUACAUAUUGGAAAAAGACCUUUCACCUGCUCUCAAUGUGGAAACACUUUCACACGUAAAGAAAACCUUAAGAAGCACAUGUUAAUUCAUGCUGGAAAAAAGCCUUUCACCUGCUCUCAGUGUGGAAAGAGUUUUACACAGAAAGGACACCUUAAGGAUCAUUUGUUAAUUCAUACAUCAGAAAAGCCUUUCAGCUGCUCUCAGUGUGGAAAAACUUUCACACGUAAAGAAAACCUUAAGACUCACAUGUUAAUUCAUACUGGAAAAAAGCCUUUCACCUGCUCUCACUGUGGAAAGAGUUUUACACAGAAAGCUCACCUCAAUGAUCAUUUGGUAUCUCAUACUUCAGAAAAGCCUUUCACCUGCUCUCAGUGUGGAAAAACUUUCACACGUAAAGAAGGCCUUAAGAAGCACAUGUUAAUUCAUGCCGGAAUAAAGCCUUUCAGCUGCUCUCAGUGUGGAACGAGUUUUACGCAGAAAGGACACCUUAAGGAUCAUUUGGUAACUCACACUUCAGAAAAGCCUUUCACCUGCUCUCAGUGUGGAAAAACUUUCACAUUUAAAAGAUGCCUUAAGACUCACAUGUUAAUUCAUGCUGGAAAAAAUCCUUUCACCUGCUCUCAGUGUGGAAAGAGUUUUGCUCAGAAAGCAAGCCUUAAUGUUCAUUUGGUAACUCACACUUCAGAAAAGCCUUUCACCUGCUCUCAGUGUGGAAACACUUUCACAUGUAAAGGAAACCUUAAGAAGCACAUGUUGAUUCAUACUUGAAAAAGGCCUUUUACCUGAAUUCAGUGUGGAAACACUUUCACAUAUAAAGGAAGAUAAUUUUACCUGCUCUUAGUGUGGAAAGACAAGAGAAUUCACACUGAAGAGAUGCCUUACACACAUCAUUCAUGUGAGAAGAGUUUUAAAUGGAUCACAAGCUCAUCUGCACCAUUCUCUGCAGAAAGGCAAUUUAAAGGAGCAGUAAGCAAUUUUCUGAGAAACACUGUUAGGGCCCCGGUAUACUUCAGAUGAAAUCAAAGAACAAACUGAUGUGAUGUAAUAUUGAACAAAAUCAUGCCAAACGAAGUUUGUUUUGUGUUCUUUUUGGGAGUUUGAAACAGUUUGCCAAAGCGAACUUUCAGGAAAAGUUUGCUCCAGCUGCAAAACACCUUCGUACUACCAUUGGUCAGUGACGAUAACGUAAUAGGAGGUGUGCGCUGAGGCUCCUCUUUCAUUCGCGUGGAGCGCAUCUCUGACUCAUUUCGUGUGUUUGAGUUCGUUGAGGUAAGAUCUCCGCAGGUGAAAACAUGAACAACACUGGAUAGCCACUUUAUAGUACAAAAUGAAGUUGUGCUUCUGAUAAAAUGAGGCACUAACACUGUUUAGUGUUUGAUUCUGUAA